AGCUGUUUACUAAUGUUGCUGCUACAGUAUUACCACUCAUUGCCUGUGUUUUAUUGAGUCUCUUUGGAUGUUACUUGGGAGAAUUACUGUAAACUAUAACGACGGGGGGAGGCGUAACUCUUUCGUCACGUCCGCUCAGACAAGUGUUUGGAAUAAAGAUGGCGGCUUUUGCAACGUUAAGAGGUUCAUUCACUUUUAUGCGGCAUCUGUUCUCCACAUAUCAUUAUAAACACUGCUGCUCCAGAGUGAAGGUGGUUAAACCAGUAUUUUUGCUCUGUUCAUCUUCUCGUAUUAUUUACCCACAAUGUAGGAAUUUUAAAACCAGCUAUGGUAGAGCAGGCCCAGUCUUACAGUUUAAACUGUCUGACAUUGGUGAAGGCAUCAUGGAGGUGACGGUCAAAGAAUGGUAUGUCAAAGAGGGUGACAAGGUGUCUCAGUUUGACAGCAUCUGUGAGGUACAGAGUGACAAAGCAUCAGUCACUAUCACCAGCCGCUAUGAUGGAGUAAUCCGUAAGCUAUACUACGAUGUGGAUUCCAUUGCAUUGGUGGGAACGCCACUUGUUGACAUUGAAACCGACGCAGCCCAUGAUGGAGCCCCAGAGAAGGAUGUGGUGGAAACACCAGCCAUGUCACAUGAAGAACACACCCAUCAAGAAAUCAAGGGCCACAAGACCCAGGCCACUCCCGCUGUGCGCCGCCUGGCCAUGGAGAACAAUAUAAAGCUAAGUGAGGUAGUGGGGACAGGAAAAGAUGGACGCAUCCUGAAAGAGGACAUUCUUAACUACCUGUCCAAACAGACAGGAGCCAUCCUUCCACCUUCUCCUUACCAUGAGAUCCAGCCACCACCUCCAGCUGCAGCAGUUCCUUCAGCAGUAGGGCCUAAAGACAAGGUUCCCCAACCUAGUCCUGCCCAGCCUGUGAUCCAGAGACCUGUCUUCACUGGCAAGGACCGUACUGAGCCUCUCAAAGGUUUCCAUAAAGCAAUGGUGAAAACCAUGACUGCAGCUUUGAAGAUCCCACACUUUGGUUACUGUGAUGAGGUGGAUAUGACCAAGUUGGUGCGCUUACGCUUAGAGUUGAAGGAACUGGCUGAAUCCCGUGGUGUCAAGCUCAGCUACAUGCCAUUCUUCAUCAAGGCUGCUUCACUGGGCCUCCUGCAGUUUCCUAUCCUCAAUGCUUCUGUGGAUGAAGAAUGCCAGAACAUCACCUAUAAAGCAGCACACAACAUCGGCCUGGCCAUGGACACAACACAGGGCCUGCUGGUGCCCAAUGUGAAGAAUGUGCAGGUCUUGAGUGUCUUUGACAUUGCUGUGGAGCUCAAUCGCCUACAGGCCCUUGGUACAUCUGGUCAGCUGGGCACUGCCGAUCUCACAGGGGGGACCUUCACCCUCUCCAACAUUGGCUCAAUUGGUGGUACCUAUGCAAAGCCUGUGAUCCUGCCUCCUGAAGUAGCUAUUGGAGCACUGGGGAAAAUCCAGGUGCUUCCCAGGUUUAAUUCCAGAGAUGAGGUGGUGAAAGCUCAUGUCAUGAAUGUCAGCUGGUCUGCAGACCACAGGCUCAUUGAUGGGGCCACCAUGUGCCGCUUCUCCAACCUCUGGAAGUCCUACCUGGAGAAUCCUGCUACCAUGGUGCUAGACCUGAAAUGAGUGAAGUACUGAUUUGAUCAGAGGCAAAAUGGAGGUGACCAUGUGGAGGUUAGAGGGUUGGUUUUUUUUUUUUUUUUUUUUCUUUCUUUCUUUUUUUGUUUUUUGGAAAAAUGUGGCUGGAACUCAGUUUUUUCUGGUUCUUGCAGUCAGUGAAUUAUUUUGGGUCCGUCACUUCCUGUAGCAGUCUUGGCAUUAAUAUGGAUGUUAACAAAAAACAAGGACAUCAGAACCUUAUCCAUAUCCACAGAAUUGUAGUCUACAGAAUAGUUUUAAAAUAAGCCUUGUAAUUGCCUUACAUAUUGACAGGGUCCGCAUGUGUGGUAGAUGCGGCCUGUGGGUGAAAAACAUACUGGGGAAAUCACACAGAAAUCAGAGUAGAGAUGCAACGUGACUAAUACAAACCUAAUACAAAUAAUACAUGCUUCACUCUAAGCAAUAUGAAAAGCAGUGAUUCCAAGCAGAACUUCAUGAGGACAAUGGGGGCUCGAUGUUGUACUGAGCAGAACAAGUGUGAAAAAGUAUUGGGUUGGGGGUUGUUGCCUACCUUCUUUAAAGGUCCUCUAAAUGUCACAACGGAAGGUAGGUUUUUCAUGUCUGAUUUUGAUUUGCUGCUUUUUGUAUCUUGGAGUCUUUCCUUUCUUUCUAGUUUUAAGCCAUUUAUUUGAAAGGAAGCUAAAUGUGACUAUUUGUGUACUUUAGGGAUAGUGGGCACUUAGUAUUUAUUUUUAUUAUUUAGGAAAGUAUUUCCUGGUUCCACUUGGUUUGUUGACCUAACAACCUGUAAUCGCUGGUUACACUCCACCGUUUGUAGUGUGGCUGGGGAAGACUAAAGAAAAACUUUUAAUAAAAUUGUG